AUGACUUGUAAGGAGGAGAAAGCAUGCACUCACAAGAUCUUAAUCACCUGCGAAUGCCAGCGGAUCAAGCAGGAAGCGAAAUGCAAUGCCUCGAAGAAUGGCGAGGGCAAUCUCAAGAAGACUCUCAAGUGCGAUGAUGAAUGCGCGCGGUUACAGCGCAACCAGCUUUUCGCUGCAGCACUACACAUCGAUCCUGAUCGUCUGGAUGAUCAUGUCCCCUACUCGGCCGACACCCUCAACAUGUAUCAACGUAAUUCUACAUGGGCAGCCGCUCAGGAGAAGAUACUACGGCUGUUUGCGGCAAACCCAGAAGAGAAGCGUAUGCGAUUCAAGCCCAUGCAAAGCCAGCAACGUGCUUUCGUCCACUCGCUUGCAGAAGACUUUGGCCUGGAUACAGAGAGCAUGGAUCCUGAGCCACACCGCCACGUCGCCCUGUUCAAGACACCGCGCUUCGUGAUGGCUCCAAUGAAGACGUUGGCCGACUGUGUUCGUAUCCGACAGCGCGAGCGUGCAACGGCAGCCACAACAGCUCGAACAGCUACAGCUACCACUUACACCCCUGUCGCUCAAGUCAAGAAAAUUCAGACAGCAGAUCCGUAUAAUGGCUUCCUCAUCACCAGCCCACGCUUCGCUCUUACAAUCGAAGAGAUCACAACGGUCCUCAGAAGUACCAUGCCCAAGACCUCCUACCCCCUCGAGCUCGAAGUCGCCUUCCUCCCAUCCGAAGAAGUCUCCCUCAAGCCUCCCAUCGCUGCCCGUGUCAACGUCCCCGAGCGCGAGAUCCAGUCCAUGCUCGAGUCCAUCAAGCCCGCCCUCUCGGUCACCCUGUCAUCGGAAUCCAUCGGCAAACUACAACUCGUCCGUACAGACGCCUCGCUCAAUGUGCAACGCAGAGAGAGCGACGACGCGCCCGGCGCGGGAUGGAGUCAAGUCGCCAAAGGUAUGCCGAAGCGUCAGGCACCGCAGAACGCGCCGUUGGGGACGAAGAGCGGGUUUGCGGUGCUGAGUUUGCCGAGGAGGAAGAAGGUGGUGGAAGUGGCGGAUGAUUGGGAGGUGGAGGAAGAAAAAGAGGAGGAGAAGGAGGCAGAGCAGGAGAGAGGCGUUAGUGGAGCGGAAAGUGGAAUCAAUAGUGAUGUCGAGGGGGCGACGCCGGAGCCGGAGACGGAGAAGGGCGAGGUGGCGCUACCCGAACGGCUACCAGGUUCGUGGGCGGACAGCGAGUAG